CGCAUGCGCACACAGUUGGAUUCCAGCCUGCUGUGAUCGGGGCGCGUGCGGGUGUGUUUGAUUUGCCGAACGCGCAGCGAUUCAUCCACUUCAACUUCUUAUCUCGUCUCUUUUUUGCGCUUUCAAUCUAGACGGGUUUAGUUUGGGACAGUUUGAGGGUCAGCAUGGGCUCCUGGCAGAUUUAUGUGGAAAAUCUGAUGUCCGACGGCUCGUGCCAGGACUCCGCCAUUGUGGGCUAUAGCCCGGACUCCAAGUACGUUUGGGCGGCGCACGAGGGGGGCACGUUCAGCAGCAUCACGCCCACAGAGAUCGAUGGGUUGGUUGGGAAAGACCGGGAGAGUUUCUUCACUAAUGGCCUGACACUUGGCUCCAAGAAGUGCUCCGUGAUCCGGGACAGCCUGCUGGUGGACGGUGAUUGGACGAUGGACAUCAGGACAAAGAGCCAAUCAGGAGAACCCACUUUUAAUGUUUCUGUAGGCCGAGCAGGAAAAGUCUUGGUUCUUGUAAUGGGGAAGGAAGGGGUCCACGGAGGCGGACUGAAUAAGAAGGCCUAUUCGAUGGCGAAAUACUUGCGGGAUUCCGGAUUCUAGUUUAGUUUCUCCCCUGAAGAAAAAACAAAACCACUUACACAAAUGCAGAAUCAGAGUUUUGGACGUUUAGAGACGCAGGAGGAUGUAGAUUAUUCCUGUAGCUGGAAAGUUUGUUUUUGUUGAUUUUGUUUUUUAUGUUUGUUCUGUGUUCUCUGUGUACUCCAGCAUUGGUUCUAGUGAUGGGUAAAGAGGGAACGCACGGCGGAACACUCAACAAGAAAGCUUUCCACAUGGCCGAGUACCUGCGGAAGGCUGGAUAUUGACCACCACGCCGUCCACCAAAAAAAAGAAACGCAAAAUCCACACAAUACAUGCUGCUCCAUAGGCCACGCAUACACAUGCUUUCUCUCAAGCACACAGUCCCCCAACUCCAAUCCCCCCAAGAAGCAGCAUUUGCUUGUUUUUUUUGGGUCAGAAUGCCAACACAAAAUGAAGGAAAACUUUAAAUGAAGUAAUGUUUCAGUGUUACAGUAUUUUAUUGUUCUAGUUUGAGAAAUGUCCUUAAGCCCGUCUGUUUUUUUUUUUGUUUUUUUUUUAACUGUAAUUGUCUGAAUGAUGUGUAAAUUAGAAUUUUUAAAGAUCUGGCUCCGUUCAGGAGCUUCUUUCUUCCUGUUUCUGAUUGUCUUUGGGUUUCAGGAGUUUAUAACUACACUACAGCUCCAGCCACCCUAGCAUCUAUCAGGAUGUUCCACCACUACGGUCUUCUUCAUUUCAGAUACUUAAUUUAAGAGUCCAGUUUUAAUUUUAUGGACCAUUUUUAGCCUCAGCUCUGAUUAUUUACAGUUUAUCUUUCUGAAGGAUUACUGUUGGCCUUAUGUUUUACUUUUUUUAUAUAUAAAACACUAACACAUACACUCCUAACAUAUUGAGAAGAAUGAAGGCUUGCACUGCAGUUAACUUUUUCAUUUUUAUACAGAUUAAAUUACUGCAUUUCUAAACCCAUGUGUGACUAAACUGGGGAAUAAAUAUCCUUGUUAAAAAUGAAAAUUGUACCAAACGUUGAAUUCAGCUGUUCAGUAUUAAAGCUCAGAUCCAAAUAAAACACUAAACUAAGUAGCUAGCAACUAGAGAAAUGGUUGGAUUAAUACACUUCUGGCUGUGGGAGAAAUUAUCAGUACAUGUUAAAUCUGUGCCAUAAUAUUUCAAAGAAUGCGGAUAAGGGUGGAUAUUAAUUACUUGAGACGGAGUUGUUUUGUUUGUAUUCUGUUAGAUUUUGCACAGAGUAAGAAUUUGCUGCUGAUUUCAGCUCAUUUUCCCUCCAAAGUUUUCUGACAUCAGCGUCUGAUUUCAUAUCAAACCUAGAAAAUGCCAUCGAGUGAUUUUACUGUUUACAAACUAAUCCAAUAAAUUUAUUCCAACCAGA